AGUUAAAUGUGGUAUCGCAGAGAAAAUAACCGAAUUACCCUGUGAUUCAAACCUGAGGGUAGAUAUAAAAGCUAACUCAUGUCCACUGUCGGAACUUCACAGUGUGACACCAUCGGAAGUAAAGAAUGAGAGAGCGCGAGCGUCAUUGGCUGUAUAGGUCUAGACGAGUGUGGAGCUAGCUUGAAGAUGACGGUGUAGUCGUAUCGCAGGUAAAUAUUUCAGUGGUAACUAAGCAACAAUGUCUCCAGUUCAGUAUCUGAGAGAGUUUGUCAACGAGCGACUAACUGCUGCUGCUGAAGAAAUAUUCGGAGUCUUUGAACAAACUAUCGUCGAGUACGAGGAAGAGAUCGAUCGUCAGCGCAGACUGCUGGAUAUCGUUUUGAAACCCGAGAUAAAGCUACACAGGACAGAGCUCCCACAGCAACAUGUCUGUAAGGAGGAGGAGGUUCUCACUGACCAGCAGCUCUGUGACCAGGAGAGGAACUCCAGUCUGGACCAGGAGGACCCAGAGCCUCCACAGAUUAAAGAGGAAGAGGAGGAACUCUGCACCAGUCAGGAGGGAGAGCAGCUUGUACUGAAGCAGGAGACUGAUACCUUGAUGUUGACUCCUACUAAUGAGGAAAGUGACCACCAGCUCCUCUUUCACAACUCUCCUGUAGCUGAGAGCCAAGAUCAGGAAGGAAGUAAGCAUGUAGACCCAGAAUCAACAGGAAAUGCAGAGACGCAACCAAAGAAGAGACAUCACAAAAACACAAGUCACAGUGACAAUGUACACAGCUCUCCCACAGCAAAGAGAAACUGUUUGUCUGUCAUCGAGUACGAGGAAGAGAUCGAUCGUCAGCGCAGACUGCUGGAUAUCAUUUGGAAACCUGAAAUAAAGCUACACAGGACAGAGCUCCCACAGCAACAUGUCUGUCAGGAGGAGGUUCUCACUGACCAGCAGCUCUGUGACCAGGAGAGGAACUCCAGUCUGGACCAGGAGGACCCAGAGCCUCCACAGACUAAAGAGGAAGAGGAGGAACUCUGCACCAGUCAGGAGGGAGAGCAGCAUGUACUGAAGCAGGAGACUGAUACCUUGAUGUUGACUCCUACUAAUGAGGAAAGUGACUACCAGCUCCUCUUUCACAACUCUCCUGUAGCUGAGAGCCAAGAUCAGGAAGGAAGUAAGCAUGUAGACCCAGAAUCAACAGGAAAUGCAGAGACACAACCAAAGAAGAGACGUCAAAAAAACACAAGUCACAGUGACAGUGUACACAACUCUCCCACAACAAAGAGUCACUGUAACACUAAGAGAGGUAAAAAGUCUUUAAAAUGCGACACUUGUGGAAGAGAAUUUAAAUUUAAGUCCAAAUUGAAAAUACAUCUGAGAAGCCACACUGGUGAGAAGCCGUACACCUGCAACACCUGUGGGAAAAGAUUCACUCAAAAGUCAUCAAUGAUAAGUCAUGAAAGACUCCACACAGCUGUCAAGUCAUAUUCUUGUAAAAGAUGUAGCAAAAGUUUCCGUCUGAAAAGAAGUUUGAAUGCUCAUUUGAGGAGCCACGUAGGUGAAAAGCCAGUUUCUUGUAAAACAUGUGGGAAGGAUGUAAGAUCUCAUAAAAACUUGUUGGUCCACAUGAGAAUCCACACAGGUGAAAAGCCGUACCUUUGUAACACCUGUGGCAAAGGUUUCCGUCUGAAAGCAAGUUUGAAUGAUCAUUUGAGGAUCCACACAGGUGAAAAGCCCUAUUCUUGUGAGACCUGUGGGAAAGAUUUCAGAUUAAGUUGUGAUUUGAGGGUCCAUGUGAGAAUCCACACAGGUGAGAAGCCGUACCUUUGUAACACCUGUGGCAAAAGUUUCCGUCUGAAAGCAAGAUUGAAUGAUCAUUUUAGGAUCCACACAGGUGAAAAGCCCUAUUCUUGUGGGACUUGUGGGAAAGAUUUCAGAUUAAGUGGUGACUUGAGGGUCCACACGAGAAUCCACACAGGUGAGAGGCCGUACUCCUGCAAGACCUGUGGGAAAAGUUUUCAGAGUUUGCCAUCACUGAUUCAUCAUGCUAAAUUCCACAAAGAAGAAAGACCAUUUCCCUGCAAAACAUGUGCAAAAGGAUUCUGUACCUUGUCAAAUCUGAAAAAACAUAUGUUGAUCCACACAGGUGAAAAACCAUAUUCUUGUGAAACUUGUAGGAAAGCUUUCAGACUAAAGGGUGACUUGACAGUCCACAUGAGAAUCCACACAGGUGAGAAGCCGUUCUCCUGCAAGACUUGUAGGAAAACAUUCUCUCGGUCAACACACUUGCAAAGCCAUAUAAGAAUUCACAAAGAUUAAAAGUCAUAUACUUAGAGAACAUAUGGGACAACAAUGUUAUCAAGUUUUGUUGAGUUCAUUUUUGCUCAUUUUUUCUUCAUGUAUUGCUCAUAUUUCUGUUUGCAGCUGCAUUUCUUUGAAAAAAUCUGUAGUUGCUACACAUAUAGUUGAUUGGCCUCUUAAGUUAAUUUUUUUUUAAUUUUUUUUUUUUUAACCAUUUUGUACAUGUGGACUUUGAACUCUGUCAUGUUGAAGCUAAGAACCUCUGUAUGUAUUUUGGUGGUAGUUUGGUGUUUUAGCGAGGACACAAACGUGCUGUAGAAAAUUGAUUUAUUUAAAAUAAACUCAGUUACUUUUGUCUAAGGAUUUUGAUGCUAAGAAUAUUCCCUGGUUCUGAACCUUGACACAAUCCUGUCUCUGAGCUCAUCAGGAAGUUCCUUCCACCUUGCAACAGUAUUUCUUUGAAGAAAGUGUAAUCUCCCAAAUGUCAGAAAAACCUCAGUGAGCACAUAGUUCCUACAAAUUUAAAUGAUUGACCUCUUCAAUACUCCACCUCAGUUAUCAUAAGAGAUUGUGAAUUCUGAUGAUGAAGCUGAGAAACCUUUUAGUAGCCGUGGGUCAUUUGGAGUUUUCUUCUGUUGUAUAUCAUUAAUAUUUUUUAUAUUCUUUACUUGAAUCAACUUAAUAUAAUUUUUGUAUGUGUUAGAGGUGAGACUUGUUUGUUUUUAAGUUGCUUUAUAGAUAAAUUUAGUUUUUGUAUUGACAAAUAAUGUUAAUAAAAUAAUUUCUUUC